AUGGCGGCGAAUAGACCUAAAAUAAAAGUUGCAUCUGUUAUAAACGGGAAAUAUUUGGCAUUCAGAAAACUCGGGGAAGGUGGAUGUGGAGUUAUUUACGAGGUAGCGAUGGUGAAGUGUCCAGGGAGACGAUUCGCGUGUAAAGCAGAAACCACAGUAUUCGACGAAGAUCCCACCUUGCCAAUGGAACACAAAGUGAUUUCAAAACUCAAUGAAAAGAACUCGAUCCAUUGUGUGGAGCUGAUUGAAAAAGGACAAGGAGAAAACUAUCAGUUUCUAGUGAUGACACUACUCGGACCAUCUCUAGAUGCCAUUCGAUCCACUCUUCCAACCAACAAAUUCUCGACAUAUUCCACAUUGGUAAUUGCAAUUCAAGCACUAGAUUCUCUUCGUGAAAUUCAUGAAAUCGGUUAUGUGCAUCGAGAUGUGAAGCCAGCGAAUUUUGCGAUAGGAACACUUGGAACUCCCAAACAGAAACUUCUUCAUGUUCUGGAUUUCGGCAUUGCUAGACAGUAUUUGGUUAAAGAUGGAGAAGACGGAGGGAUGAGAAUACGAAAGGCUCGAAGGAUCGUACCAUUUCGAGGGACACUCAGAUACUGUUCAGUGGCUGCUCAGGAGAGGAAAGAGCAAGGAAGACAUGAUGAUUUGUGGUCUCUUUUUUAUAUGAUUGUGGAAUUUAUCAAAGGAUCUUUGCCAUGGACUGGAAUCUGCGAGGAAGAUAAAGUGAUUGUGAUGAAAGAAGACGUCACAGAAUUAUACAACGGAAUCGAGUCAGAAUGCGCUAUGUUUGCACAACAUUUAUCAGUCCUUCGUUAUCAGCUGAAACCAGAUUAUGAUCUUCUUCGAGGCCUUCUGAUGAACGUUUUCGUCCGACGGAAUUUCAAUCCACAAAUGAAAGUUGACUGGGAGAAAGGGGGCAAAUAUGACAGUCAUUUUGAGAAAAAGACGUCUACAUUACCAUCUGUUACCGAACGAGACAUGACUGAAGUGGACUUGGUGAAGAUUUUGAAUACCCCUGAAACUGAGCGAAACAUCACAAUGGAAGAGAUUUUGGUGGCUGGAAAAAUGAACGAAAAGGAUGACGAGCGUCUUAAUACGGCUCAAGAUGAUACGAUUAUAGAAGAGGAUGGAGCUAGAGGAUCGAAUAGACCCCAUAGCCAACCGAUAACACCUCCGGAAACAAGCAAGAAGGCUCCUCGACGUCGAUACAUUGCCAAAACGCCAUCGGUUCAUAAAGUGGAACUUAUCGAGAAGAAUUGGAAGAAGAAGCAGGAGGAUGCUCAACGCGAUAAGUUUAUGAAGAACGCGUUGGCGGCGAAACGUGCCAAAGAAGACUUCAUCGUGCCAGAGGAUAAUACGGUUUUGAGAAAAAAGAGUGCUGGAAAGGCUAUGGAGGCAACGACCACAACCACCACGACGAAAACUAGCAGUGUAGAAAAGACGAAUGUGGGGUCGAAGUCGGGGAUUGAGAAAUCUUGA